UUACGGCCCCGGGACAUUCGCACUUAACUUAACUCAAACUGUUGCUAGUUUUUGUCGUGGUGACCGUUUUUGUUGAUUUGCCGUGCAUUGCGCGUGCGAGCUAACGUCUGUAGCUGUGAGCGGACGUUAACUUCCGUGGCUCCGACUGUUCACCGGCUAACGUUAGCGCGCUGACUUUUUAACGUUAGUUCACACAGUUAGCUUCGUUGUCGAAAGCGGUGCGACGUUCACUGUCCGCAGUGUUUGUCACUUUAUCACUGGGCCGCUGUGUAGUUUGUGUUUUCCGUAUGCAACGUGAGUCGACGUCAUUGUUUGUUUGUGAGUGAACUGAUUUAUCAUCUGUCCUGCUGACUGACGGAGACGAUGAGCAGCAGAUGCUUUCAAACGCGUAUUAAAAACUUGAUGUUACAUUCUGGAGCAACAAGACGACGCACUGCUGCAGUGAGGUUAAGGCUCCAUUAAACUUUCCGCUACGUCGCAGAUAUCCGAGGCAGCGGCCUGAACUCUGCUACUUGUGAAUGCUUCAUUCCCUGGCGCAACUUUACUUUUAACACGACUUCUUAAGCAUGUGUCUUCAGCUGGUCAAAGUAACAAGUUACAUCUGGUUGGAGUUUUUUUUAAAUAUGAGUCUGGGUCAAGCAAACAUGCAAGCAGGCCUAUGCCAGCGUCUGAUCAUCAGACAACUGAAUGCUGGGGUUUAGACUUUAGGUCAGACUAUUUAGCUAAAUUAAUAUGAAAUAAUUCAUUACUGGUUGCAAGUGCUUUUUGGACCGUGGGACGGAUGAAAGGUGGAAGCUGUAGGAAGCCCAGCCGGGCUGUAGCUGCUUUGUUUAUCCCAGUUACCCUGCUGAUGCUGACCUUCAGGGGGGCAUCAGGCAGCCACAAGAUGACACAAACGUCUAUGACACAUGCAACAGCCUCUGCUGCAGGACCGGGCCACGGCCUGACAGAGUACCUCCAAGCGAACAUCUUGUCCAGUGAACAUUUUCAUGUCUGGCUCUUGUCCCUGGUGGGCUCUGUUGCUGUGGGCCUCAGUGGGAUAUUCCCCCUCCUUGUCAUUCCCAUUGAAGCUGGAGCAGCCCUCAAAACAGAAGCUGGUGGCCAGAGGCUGAAGCAGCUCCUGAGCUUUGCUAUCGGUGGUCUUCUUGGUGAUGUUUUCCUUCACCUCCUCCCUGAGGCGUGGGAGCGCUCUCGCUCUUCAGCUGGUAAACACAACCACUACAUGACCCAGGGCUUGUGGGUAAUCCUUGGCCUGUUGGCCUUCCUCCUCUUGGAGAAGAUGUUCCCAGACCGAGACAGCCAUGAGGAACUCGCGUCAAAUUCAGAUCUGAAUUCUAACUCUGCUUCGCAGUCUAUUUCGGCUUUCAGUGGAAAGGCUUCAGCAUCGCUCAAAAAUGGGCAUCAUGCUGAGUCAUGGAAAUCCUCCAAGCAGAGUCUGCAGGAAAGAUCAGAGAAAAUCAAGACAUGUGGAUACCUAAACCUACUGGCCAACUGCAUUGACAACUUCACCCAUGGACUGGCUGUAGCAGGAAGUUUCCUGGUUAGCAAAAAAGUUGGGUUCCUCACCACCUUUGCUAUCCUGCUCCAUGAAAUCCCCCACGAGGUGGGAGACUUUGCCAUUCUCCUGAGGGCCGGGUUUGACCGGUGCAGUGCCGCCCGCAUGCAGCUGUCCACGGCGCUGGUCGGUGUCUUGGGAGCUUGCUUCGCUCUGUGCUCUCAGUCACCAAAAGGCACAGAAAAUGCCACUGCCUGGAUAUUGCCGUUCACCUCUGGAGGCUUCCUCUACAUAGCCUUGGUGAAUGUGGUGCCUGACCUGCUAGAAGAGUCCAGUUUAAGGCAGUCUCUCCUGCAGAUCCUGCUCAUUUUCUGUGGCGUGGCUGUCAUGGCUGUGCUCUCUGCCAUUGUUAAUUGAAUAUGAACAAAUAUCUGACAGAAGAACAUCACUUUAUGGAUGGAAGAUCUUCUUGAUCUGCUGACGAGACAUUUGUGCAGAUACUUAAAAAGUGUUCCAAACUGAAACGUCAAUGGAAUUAAGAGCGUUUCUAUGGAUCUUUGUUACCAAAUGGUCUUAUAUCGUUAAUCAGACAAUGUUUUGCACAUGCAUUUACACAGGUACACCUAAUGCACCAGCUCAACAGAGCAGGUAUGAUUAGACUCUACAAGAACAUACUCCUUUUAAAAUUUAUUCAACACUAAAUUGUUUUAACAUUGUAUAUAUAUUUUCUGAUGUAGCUGCUGUAUAUUUAUUGAAAAUUAGACAAGCAACCUAUAGUUUUAUUAGAUGUGCACCACCGCCACUCAAUCUUUGUCUUACGAUUUAAGUGCCAAGAAGUCAGGAUGUUCUGUUACACCAGGGUCAUGUCUACACCAAAGUACAGUUGUCUGUUUUGUAUCUUCAUUCACCCCAGUCUGCACCUUUCUUUUUUUUUUUUUUGUAUCUCUGCUUGAAUAAAUAAUUGUAAUAAAGUUGAAGUUAAU